CGAGGCAACCGGAACUGAUCGCAGUCAUUGUAGUCAAUGCUUGUGUUUACAUCAGAUGCGCCGCGGAACGUUUCAAGACCGUCCCAGAAGCUGCUCUACGCGCCGCUUCGCUAAAGAUAGGUGCCUAGUCUAUUUUUGACGGACGUCACGCCCCUACCGCGCAGCAAAAUAAAAGCCGAAAAAUCAUGUCAGCUUCUGAAUAUUGGCAGGAGGCCAGAGAUGGACGACGAGCGGCUCAUCCUCGAAGUACAAAAACACACGGUGUUAUAUGACACCAGAAAUCCUUUUUACAAGGACAAUGCCAAAAAGGAGAAGGCCUGGAGUUUGAUUGCUGAAGUUGUAGGAGUGGAAGUUGAUGUAUGCAGGGCGAGAUGGAAGACAUUAAGAGACGCUUUUGUGAAAAACAGAAGCAAAAAAAAUCUGCCCAGUGGAUCAGCAGGAGGAACUCAAAAGGAAUGGAAGUAUUCAGAGAUGAUGUCCUUUCUGUUGCCCCACUUAAAGCCCAGAAGUUCAAAAAGUAACUUGACCCUGCAAACAGCAUGGAUGAACAUGGAUCAUAGUGAAAGUUCUGCUUCCCCAUCAUUGUGUACAGAUGAAAGGUCCAGUACCCCUGGACUUGCCUUGCAGAGGUCUACAUCUGUAUCUCCGCCUCCAUCACUUAAUGUGGCCGCAAACUCAGAGGACUGGGAAAGGCCCUCUAGGUCCUGUAGCCCUAUGGAGAGGAUGUCCACAGUAGUAGUGGAACGUGCUUCUAACGAAAAAAGGAGGAGCCAGAGACCACAGACCACAGACAUUGGGGACCGGCUGAUGUCUUUACUCCAAGAGCCCAUUCCAAAACCACACAUGCCUGAUGCCGAACUGGAUGAAUCUUACCACUUUGCUCUCAGCCUUGUACCAAUGUUGCACAGACUGGAUAAGGACAGGAGGCAGCAAGCCAAAAUACAGAUAUUGAACACUUUGCACAGAGUAGAAAAGGGUCAAACCCUGCAAACUUUUCCCCCACAACAUUCAGUUCAUCCUCCAACAUACACACCCACUCAGGAAAUUUUAGGGCAGUCCACUCACAGCUCCAGGCCAUCAGUUUUUCGAACAAAUACCCUUCCUUCGCAACAAGGUACACCAUGGGAAGACGACAGCACUUAUGGGUCUUACUACUGAGGCUUGUAGUCAGUACCGACUAAAACUGACUCAGUGAACGUAAUUGCUGUAAAAAUGUGACAUUUAUUGCAAGUCCCUUUACUUUGCAAUUUUGUGCCUGCUGGUACUUUUGAUUAAUUGUUUUCAGUUUACUGUUUAUUUUGCAUAUUUGGUAAUGAAACAAAACAAAUAUGAGCCUUUGCAGUUUUUGAAAGCUGAGUAAUGAUUUAAUUUGUAUUAUUAUGAAUA